CUUCUUGUCCUAGAGGUGCUGCUGUCUUUGUUUAACCUGUCCGGCAGGUUUCUGGCUGCUCUCUCAGCAGGAGAGGAAGAGGGUGAGAGGCUGAGGAAGGAGACACAAGGGUAGGAGAGUCCGACCGGGAAUGAGAUUGGGGCAGAUUCAGCAAUGAGACAGGGGCAGAUGGGGCAAUGGCCUAAGCCAAGGGGAGGACUGAGUGCAGCUGCUGAGGAGACAGACAAGGUGUGUGCGGAUGGAGCCUUCCUGCCCCUGGAAUUCGCCUGUGUGUUGUGUAUAAACUAGAUCUUCUUUUAUUCGUUUCUACCCCCUGGGGACAAUGAGACUGCCCUGGCACCACUGACAUUACCCAUGAACCAGUAUCAGCCAAAAGCCUGAGGUGAGAAGCCAAGAAGUAUGGUGCCUUGGCGGAGGCAGAAACAAGAGGAAAGUGCCGGGGAGACAAGUUUACUUCAGCAGAAAAGGAUCCGGGAGUUGCCCAUUUUAUACGCUGCUAAGCGCAACAGAGCCAAGACCUUGGAAAAGCUUCUUAAGUUAAAAUCCACUGAGCCUUUAACCAGAGGAGCUGCAGGUGAGACCGCGCUGCACGUGGCGGUACUUUAUGAUAAUGUGGAGGCCGUACGGGUCCUAUUGGAAGAGGCUCCUGAACUGGUCAACGAGCCAAUGACCUCUGACCUCUACAAAGGCCAGACAGCAUUGCACAUUGCCGUGAUGCGCCAGAACAUGGUGAUCGUUGGAGAUCUCAUUGCCAAAGGAGCUGAUGUGUCUGCACCACAGGCCGUGGGGUCCUUCUUCCAGCUGAGACCCUCCAACUCCUUCUACUAUGGGGAGCACAUUCUCUCUUUUGCAGCCUGUGUGGGGAACGCAGAGCUUGUCCGUCUCUUAUUGAGCCAUGGGGCAGAUCUAGAGGCCAAAGAUUCCCACGGUAAUACAAUCCUACAUAUCCUGGCCCUUCAGUCAAACAAAAUGGCGGCCUGCCAGAUGUACGACCUCAUAAUGUCCUACCAGCAGGAUAAGGAAAGUCCUGGCCUAGAGGAGACCUGUAACAAUGAUGGACUCACCCCUUUCAAAAUGGCUGCUGUGGAGGGCAACACUGUGCUGUUCCAGCACUUGGUGCAGAAGAGGAGACAUGUUCAUUGGACCUUCGGCCCCAUUACCUGUUACCUCUAUGACCUGAACGAGAUUGACACGUGGGAAGACGCUCAGUCGGUGCUGAGUCUGGUGGUGUCAGAGAAAAACAAAGAGGCGCGGCGGAUUCUAGAUAUUUCGCCAGUAAAAGAACUGGUAAAGAGAAAGUGGCAGCGCUUUGGCCGACCCUAUUUCUGUCUCCUGGCGGCCGUCUAUGUCCUGUACAUGGCGUGUGUCUCCAUGGUUUGUGUCAACCGACCCCUGAAGCCGAGACCUGAUAACGUCACCGACCCCAGAGACAUGACCCUAUUGGUACAGAAACCCCUGACGGAAUCCUACCUUACCUAUGAUGACCAUGUCCGAUUGGCCGGUGAGAUGAUCAGUGUAUCGGGGGCAAUAGUCAUUUUGCUGCUGAAGGUGCCGGAUCUGCUGCAGAUUAGGAGUGUGAGGUCCCUGACUCAGGCUGUCCAUGGGGGGCCAUUCACUCUCAUUAUCGUGGUGUUCCCCUGCCUGGUGCUGGUGGUGUUCAUCAUGCGUCUCACUAACACGGACGGAGAAGUCAUUCCCAUGUCCAUGGCGCUCGUCCUCGGCUGGUGUUACGUCAUGUACUUUGCGCGAGGAUUCCAGAUGCUCGGCCCUUUCACCAUCAUGAUCAAUAAGAUGAUCUUUGGGGACCUCCUGCGCUUCUGGUGGUUGAUGGUUGUGGUGAUUUUUGGAUUCUCUACAGCUUUUUACACCAUUUUCCAGACGGUGGAUCAAACCCAGUUUGGAUACUUUUACAGCUACUUAAUGUCCCUGUUCAGCACCUACGAGCUCUUCCUGAACGUCAUCAACUCUCCCACCAACUAUGAUGUAGAUCUUCCCAUCAUUUUCUUUGUUGUCUACGUCAUCUUCACAAUCAUCGCAAACCUCCUCAUGUUGAACAUACUCAUCGCCAUGAUGGGGGACACUUACUGGAGAGUCGCCCAGGAAAGGGACGAGCUAUGGAGGGCACAGGUACAGUAACUCAUGGUUCCUCACUGGGGGGAAGCUCUGGGGCUGCCCAGGAAAGGGACGAGCUGUGGGGGGCGCAGGUACAGUAACUCAUGGUUCCUCACUGGGGGAAGCUCUGGGGCUGCCCAGGGAAGGGACGAGCUGUGGGGGGCGCAGGUACAGUAACUCAUGGUUCCUCACUGGGGAGAAGCUCUGGGGCUGCCCAGGAAAGGGACGAGCUGUGGGGGGGCAGGUACAGUAACUCAUGGUUCCUCACUGGGGGGAAGCUCUGGGGUUGCCCAGGAAAGGGACGAGCUGUGGGGGGCACAGGUACAGUAACUCAUGGUUCCUCACUGGGGGGAAGCUCUGGGGCUGCCCAGGAAAGGGACGAGCUGUGGGGAGGGCCCAGGUACAGUAACUCAUGGUUCCUCACUGGGGGAAGCUCUGGGGCUGCCCAGGAAAGGGACGAGCUGUGGGGGGUGCAGGUACAGUAACUCAUGGUUCCUCACUGGGGAGAAGCUCUGGGGCUGCCCAGGAAAGGGACGAGCUGUGGGGGGUCAGGUACAGUAACUCAUGGUUCCUCACUGGGGAGAAUCUCUGGGGCUGCCCAGGAAAGGGACGAGCUGUGGGGGGUCAGGUACAGUAACUCAUGGAUCCUCACUGGGGGAGAAUCUCUGGGGCUGCCCAGGGAAGGGACGAGCUGUGGGGGGCACAGGUACAGUAACUCAUGGUUCCUCACGGGGGGAAGCUCUGGGGUUGCCCAGGAAAGGGACGAGCUGUGGGGGGGCGCAGGUACAGUAACUCAUGGUUCCUCACUGGGGAGAAGCUCUGGGGCUGCCCAGGAAAGGGACGAGCUGUGGGGGGUGCAGGUACAGUAACUCAUGGUUCCUCACGGGGGGAAGCUCUGGGGUUGCCCAGGAAAGGGACGAGCUGUGGGGGGUCAGGUACAGUAACUCAUGGUUCCUCACUGGGGGGAAGCUCUGGGGCUGCCCAGGAAAGGGACAAGCUGUGUGUUUAUCUGAAAGCUAAAACAAAUGAAUAAAAGUCUCAAAUAAACACAUUAUUAUAUGAUGACACGUGGGGGGCUCCUCUCUCGCUUCCCUUGGCUCUCCUUCUCCUUUGUGGGGUGCAAAGAGCUGACAGAUGGAGUGUAGCAGUUCUCAACCUGGGGGGGCAGAGCUUGUCUGGAAGGAGUUUGGCCAUUCGGCUACUGAAUUGCAGAAACCUGUAUAACGGGUGGGGGCACUUCCAUUGGUAAAGGAAUGAGUGGAACUUCUGCUCAGGACAGGGGUGGGUCAGGCUUUAGGGCUAAAUAAGUGAGCAAAUAUCAGGGUGAGCCCAAGAGCAAAUCCCCCCCAGAGACCUGUUUCAUUCUCUCUCAGAAAUGUAUAGAUGAAUGGGAUAAACCAAAGCCCAAACUACACAGGGGGGUUAGCUCCCAAAUUAAAUGAUAUAUAAGGAAUACUUCUUAUGACACAUCCUUGUGUACCCUAACCCAAACGCUUGUGUACCCUAACCCAAACCCUUGUGUACCCUAACCCAAACCCUUAUGUACCCUAACCCAAACCCUUGUGUACCCUAACCCAAACCCUUGUGUACCCUAACCCAAACCCUUGUGUACCCUAACCCAAACCCUUGUGUACCCUAACCCAAACCCUUGUGUACCCUAACCCAAACCCUUGUGUACCCAAACCCUUGUGUACCCUAACCCAAACCCUUGUGUACCCUAACCCAAACCCUUGUGUACCCUAACCCAAACCCUUGUGUACCCUAACCCAAACCCUUGUGUACCCUAACCCAAACCCUUGUGUACCCUAACCCAAACCCUUGUGUACCCUAACCCAAACCCUUGUGUACCCUAACCCAAACCCUUGUGUACCCUAACCCAAACCCUUAUGUACCUUAGCCCAAACCCUUGUGUACCCUAACCCAAACCCUUGUGAACCCUGUGAAAAUAAAUUUUUGGGCCCCCCCACAUCACAACUCCCAAACAGUGUUCCCCUCUUCCUGUACAUUUACAUGGAAGACACUGACAGAGGCAGUGAGUAGAGGAAAGAGCUAACAUAUAGAACCAAGUAGUAGCAAUGUGUUCGGGAAUUGGGGGACAAACACUAGCAAAUGAUAUUUUGCCCUUUCUUUACCUUUUGUCAUUACCUGGUGAAUCUCACAGCUUUGCUUUGUCU